CGACCGUUUUUGGUCGAAUUUAGCCGCCUAAAAACAUCACAGCUCACCUGCCCUUUCCAGUAGCCGUCCCCAACUUAUCUUCCCCCUAUUCUCUCUCCCUUUUUCUCUCCCAAGGUUAUGAAUUGCAUAUGAAACCCUCAAAAACCAUCAAAUGGCAUCCGAUCGUAGUUGGAUUACUCGUAGUCGAUAUAAUGAGUCAAGAUAUUUAACGGACGAAUAUAAGAAUGGUGUUGAGGAUUUCAUUAGAUUUGCUUGUGAGAAUCAUAGUGGUGGGGUUAUUAGGUGUCCGUGUGGAAAUUGUAAGAAUAAGCAUUAUAAGACUCCUACUGCCGUUAAACUUGAUUUGUAUCGGUAUGGUAUGAUGCAAUGGUAUACUAUAUGGACUGCACACGGGGAGAAAAUGCCGGAAGAAAAAAUCGAGACUAGUACUAGAAAUGUUGGGGAUGGGGAUGAUGAUAUGUAUCAUGACGCCGAUGAUAUGUUAAGAGAUAUUGGGGAGGCAAAUAGGUAUUUUGAGAAUGUUGAUGAUGAACCGAAUCCAGCGGCAAAAGAAUUUUAUAAGAUGUUGCACAGUGCUUCGGAACCAAUUUAUCCAAGUAAUGUCAACUAUACAACCUUUGAGUUCGUGAAUGAGUUACUUCAUUUCAAGAACAAGCAUAAUUGUAGUAAUAAUGGCUUUGAUGAUUUGCUUAAGCUCAUUGGAUCAGUCUUGCCUGACAAUCAUAAACUGCCCCAAACCUACUAUGCUGUGAAAAAUAUGCUUAAAGGAUUGAAUUUGGGAUAUGAAAAGAUUGAUGCUUGUGAGAAUGACUGUAUGUUAUUUUACAAGGAAAAUAGCGAGAAGACGCGUUGUGAUAUAUGCAAAGAAAGUCGAUACAAAGAACCAAAAGAUCUUAACAAAAAAAAGAUCUCACGGAAGAUCUUGCGUUAUUUUCCUCUCACCCCAAGAUUGCAACGUUUGUUCAUGGCUGGGAAGACUGCAAAAUGUAUGAGAUGGCAUCAUGACAGGAAUGUGGUUGAAGGUGAAUUAAGUCACCCGGCAGAUGGAGAUGAGUGGAAACAAUUUGACCGCAGGUUUCCAAAAUUUUCAAAAGAGAUUCGAAAUGUGAGACUCGGACUUUCUACUGAUGGAUUUGAUCCCUUUCGUGAUGCACAUGCGAGAGAUUAUACAGUAUGGCCUGUGGUGGUUGUUAUUUACAACCUUCCCCCAUCUAUGUGCACGAAGGCUCCGUACAUGUUUAUGCCUCUUCUUAUUCCCGGGCCUAAGGAUCCGACAAAAGACUUGCAUGUUUAUCUUAGACCAUUGAUUGAUGAAUUGAAAGACUUAUGGCAGAAUGGGGUGGAAACCUAUGAUAGGUUCUCAUGUUCCAACUUUUUGAUGAGAGCAGCAUUGAUGUGGACAGUUAGUGACUUUCCUGCACUUGCCAUGCUUAGCGGGUGGUCAACUAAGGGGAAGUUGUCAUGUCCAGUUUGCAUGGGUGAGGUAAAGGCCAAACAACUGAAGUAUGGUGGCAAAGUUACCUUUUAUGGCGGUCGAAAAAAGCCGCCUUUCUUGUAG